AUCCUCUGUAAUUUGAAGAAAUGCCAACAUGACAACCAUUCCACCAGCUGAAUAUGAAUCUCGAGUACUGAAAGAAAUAAAUGAGUUCAUGGAAUCCGGUAUUGGAGUUAAAGUCCUUGUAGACUCUGGAGUGAGUAAGCUCCCCAGUUUCUUCGUCCAUCCACUGGAGCAAUUACCAAAACCAUCCUCCGAAUAUGUCCAAUUCCAGGUCCCUUUAAUUGACCUCAAGGAGAUGGAAACCGACCGCCGAGUGGAGAUAUUCAACAAGCAGCCCGUUGAACUCAAGAAAGAGUGGCUAGCUGCACAUUUAAGUCUGCGUUAUAAUUUGAACCGCUUACCCCUGGCAGCCUGGAGGGAUUCCUUGGUCUGUAAUUUUCCAGACGAAAAGAUAGAUGAAGAAGCCAUUCCUCAAAUUUGCAGAAAGGCGAUAAUGGAGUGCACUAAAUAUGUCCUCCAACUAAAGGAUACCCUAUCAGAAUUGUCAUCUGAGGCUUUGGGUCUCAAGAGUAACUACCUUGAAAGCAUAAAAUGCAUUAAAUCGUCUAAUUUAUUGAGCAAUUACUAUCCUGCUUGUCCACAGCCCGAGCUCACCAUGGGUUUAACCAGCCAUACAGAUUCAACCUUUUUAACGAUACUCCUGCAAGACAGCAUCGGUGGCCUCCAAGUUCUUCAUCAAAAUCAGUGGGUGGAUGUACCUUGUGUGGCUGGAUCUCUAACCAUAAACUAUGGUGACCUUAUGCAGACACAGAGUGGUGGCCAAGAAUGUCGGCCCGAGGAUAUCAGCAGCAUUUUUCUUCCUCCGGCUGUUGCUAUGUGCAAUGAAUCGUAUGGGCCACUGGAAGAGCUUGUAUCUGAGGAAAAUCCACCAAUUUUCAAGCCUAUAUCUAGUUCGGAAUAUUUUGCUCGCCACAGAUCUUCUUCAUCCGUGGUAAUGGUGAAUAAUCAAAGAAUAUUUAGACUCUGUGUGCACCAGAAAAAAUGCAGCAAGCAUGCAGAAGAUACUUUGCAGCACCACCAACUACAAUAGGCCGGUGCAACUUUGUCAAAAUGGCCACAGGUCAGCAAAAAUGACCACCAAAGUCCACGAAAAUGGCUAGCUCCCAACUGUAUUUAGCUUUACACUUAUCACCUUAGUUAGAUUUUGCCUAUAAAUAGCCAUGUUCCCUUCGUUGUAAACAUAAGUUUUAUCAGUUAAUCAAGUUUCAAUUCUCUU